AUGGCGCGUCUCCAAAUGAUCAUGACCGUGAUCAUUACGGUACUUGCUUCUGUUUUGGGCAGCAUCCCGGCCGGAGCUGAUAUCGUUAUGAACUUCUGGGAUGCUAUAAUUCGGCAUUCGAAACGGAUCGCAGGCGCGCCCGAGGCCGCGGGCAGCCAUUCCUGGAUCCAUCCAGCCAUCCAACGUCUCGACCAGUUUCUCGGCCUCUUCAGAGACCAACAGACGGCAGAGCAAGCAAUUACAAGACUUCAAUGUGCAUUUAAAGAGAUAAAUACCGAGGCUAAGCAACAAAGAGACCUCGCGAUCGCCAAAGAAGAGAAGGCCGUCAAGAGCGCCACCGCGAUCACCAGCCGAGACAAGGCCAUUGCCUAA